UUGAGUCAAUUUGAGUCAAAAUAGCCGCAAGAUAUUUCUUCUUUCUCCUCCCUCUCAGACUCAGGUAAAUAAACAGAGAGAUAACAAACCCCUCUUCCUAGUAAAUAGCUUUCAUGGCGGAAAAUCAGAUGCAGCGAGAAGGUUCUAGCAAGGAAAAAGAAGAAGAAAACACACCAGAGCAAUUUAAGGUAGUAGGAGAGGAAGAAGUGAGAGUGGAAAAUCAUUUUUGUAAUAUUCAAAACCCUUUUUCUUGCUCUUCAAAUCUGUCACUAGAUUUCUCAUCUGUAUUUAAUGAUCAAAAUUCUCAGUUAGAAGAAACCCUAGUCGAUUCUUCAUUGAUUUUAUCAAGUGAUCAUGAAGAUUAUGAAAUUCCCUCUUUCUCUCAGUUACUUAACUCUGUUGUGAUUUCUACGUCACUUGAUUCAAUGGAGAUUUUAUCUGUUGGUGGAAAACUCACAGUUCCUACUAUUACUACUGUGCCAGACUCACUUGAUAAGAUCUCUGAUUUACUUUCUCAGAUCCAGUAUUCGAUGUCCCAUCAAGAUGUUGUGGAAAAUGUAGCAGCUCAUGAUGAGUGUCCAAUAUCUUCAGUGGAUUUGACUCCAGAUUCUGUUUCACAGUCCAUUCUAUCUGUAUCACGUCCGGUACCAUCACAGCAAUCACUUGGUGACUGUCCUAUUUCCUUCGUAGACUUAAUUCCUUCUUCUGUCAUACAAGCCAUGCCAUCUGUAUCACCACAAAAAUCGUCACAACUAGUUCCAGAAGUUAAUUCUCUCUGUAAGCCUGAAAUGGGCGAGCAGAAAACCUUGGGCCCUGACAUGAAAGCUACUCAGGUUGUCUUUAAGGCACCAACUCCUGAUGGAUACAACUGGCGUAAGUAUGGUCAAAAGCAGGUGAAGAGUUCUGAGAGUAAUAGAAGCUAUUACAGAUGCACUUAUGUAAGCUGUCAUGCAAAAAAGAAGGUUGAGCGUUGCGAUCUUUCUAGUCGCUUGGUUGAAAUUAUUUAUAAAGGUCGGCACAACCAUGAUCCACCUCGAAAGGUUAGAUCGUUUAAGGGAAGGAAGCUUAUAUCCUCUGCCGAGUCAGGCGGAGCCACUGCUACCCUAGAUCGAUCAGUGCAAAAACCUGUGAAGUCAGAUUCAUUUAAGUUAAAGAAAGAAACUAGAAAUGUUAUGCCAAAGCAGCAAUUGCAUAAUUUGAACGAAAAUGUAAAGUUUAAGGCUGAGGAGGCGCUAGGUCAUGAAACGAUUAAAAAGCAAAGGAAAAGGGAAAGGAAUGUGGCAUUUUCGAUAACUCCAAUUAAAACAGUUAAGGAACCUAAAGUUGUCGUCCAAGCAGCUGGGGAUCUAGGGAUCUCAAUUGAUGGCUACAGGUGGCGCAAGUAUGGCCAGAAGAUGGUGAAGGGAAGUCCUAACCCAAGGAGUUAUUACAAAUGCACAUCUGCAGAAUGCCCUGUGCGUAAGCAUGUUGAAAGAGCCUCAGAAGAUGCAUCAACCAUAAUAAUUACGUAUGAAGGGAAACAUGACCAUGACAUGCCGGUUCCAAAGAAGCGUCAUGGUCCUCCUAGUAUCACUCUUGCUGCUGCCGCUGCCACGAAUAACAGCACACAAACAGAAUUUAGUAAGUCGGAUGGGACGGCGAACCAAAAAACUUGGUCAGUGGACAUGGUGGAGGGAGGGAAAGGAAUCUUAACACGCACAUCAGAAAUUGGAGGUGAAAUGGUUCUGGAAUCAGCUAGAACUCUUCUGAGUAUCGGAAUAGAACUCAAACCUUACUGAUCUUAGACGAUUUCAGGGUCCAACCCGAAAUUAUCUGGUGCAUGUUUGCUGAAAUUUUGUCAGUUUUUUGUUUUGGAUAGGGUGUCUAUUGUUUAGCUUUUGCUUUUCCUUGUUUUCCUAUGUGUAAAAAUUGCUCUGUAUAUUCAUCAACCUCUGUAUAUUAUCUUAGUUAAUUUGGAUCAAGAUUACAUCAA